UUUCAAAACAGCCCAAGCUUUAUUGCGCGCAUCAAAAUUGUCUCCGAAGUUUAAAUAAAGAGGCGAUUCUUUUGAAUCAUUCAAGGAUGCUGGAGUUGCCCAACUACAGCAGUCAGCUGAUGCAGCAGCUAUGGGCCCUGAGGAAUGGAGAGCAUUUCUGUGACUGCACUGUGCUUGUUGGGGACAAUUCACAUCGUGCCCACAAGCUGGUACUGGCUGCUUCCAGCAUGCUUUUCAGGUCUCUACUGGUCAGCUCGGACACCAUCUCUAUUGACACUGCUGUUGUCUCCUCUCAGGAGUUCAGCUGUCUGCUGGACAUGGUCUACACAGGCAAGCUGCCCCUGGGCAAACACAAUGUAAGCCGCAUUAUUGCAGCUGCAGACAACCUACAGAUGUUUGAUGUGGCUAUUGGCUUUAAAAAAAUAUUGAGUACCAUUGUGAACCCACAACCCUCAGUCUCAGAAGAUACUGAUCAAAGUUCAUCACAAGAGAUGAUGAAAAUGGACAGUAUUGAUAGUUCUACUGCACCAAAAAAUGUUCCAUCCCAAAAUAAUAAGUUGCCCAAUGAGAAGUUGUCACCCAUAGAAAAGAAUGAAGACCAAAAGGACUUGGGCCAGAGUGUGGUCUCAGGAGCAGGACUUGGAGAAACAUUGAAAAAAGACACAGAGGAUGAGGCAGCAUCAGAACAACAUCAUGAUGCAGUCCUCAAAGUUCUGGAGCACUUUCCUGUAAUCAGCAAACUACUAAACGAGCUGCCCAGCCUCCGAGAGCUGCUCAGUCAGGCAGCAGAGAGCCUGGACAAACAGAACAAACAGGUUGUGAUUACGUGCUGUGAAAAGGCAGAUCCUGACAAAGUUGUGGAGGUGCUGUUGUCACAUGUGGAGAAAGGUGUACUGAGUGAGGCAUCAUUCAUGAGUCUGCUCAAGGCUGUCAAUCAAAACAUGUCCUCACCAUCCUCUCAACUGCAGAGGCUCCUCGAGGAACUGGAGAAGGACACCGACACAAAGGAGGAGGACACAAAGGAGGAGGACACAAAGGAGGAGGACACAAAGGAGGAGGACACAAAGGAGGAGGACACAAAGGAGGAGGACACAAAGGAGGAGGACACAAAGGAGGAGGACAGCAUCACCGAAGACAGUGAUGACUAUGAAACAAAAGAGGAACCUUCACCCACCUCCUCCCCAAACUCCAAAAAAUUCACCUGCCGCACUUGUAAAAAAACGUUUGACUAUAAGUGCAGGCUGAAGGCUCACAUGAAGCGCUGUUCCAAGGCCAAAGGACCCCAACACCAGUGCCCACAGUGCCCCGAGAAGCUGCCCACCAACCAUGCUCUGAUGUGCCACCAGAUUCGAGUCCAUAAGUUCCCCAUGAAAAAGAAAGUGGAAUGUGAGCUUUGCGGGCGCAAGUUUGCCCAUCCCUCAGGAAUGAUAUACCACAUGCGGAGUGAGCAUUUUGAAGAGAAGCCAUUUUCCUGUAAAGAAUGUGGUACAAAGUUUGCUGCCAAGUCAUCCUUGAAGAACCACAUGCGUCUGCACACUGGAGAAAAGCCCUACAGCUGUAAAGAGUGUGACAUAAGCUUUGCUGUAGCAGCGGGCCUGGCCUACCACAUCAAGAAGAAACACGCACAGGGGAAGAUGUAUGCUUGCCAGUACUGCAAAGCUGCGUUUGCCCAGUCCAUCGAGCUAACACGGCAUGUGCGGACUCACACAGGAGACCGGCCUUAUGUGUGUCGAGAGUGUGGGAAGGGCUACUGCCAGGCCAAGGGACUCACAGACCACCUGCAGUCUGCACACAAUUCAGGGAUACAACAUGACUGUCAGAAGUGCUGCCUGAGCUUUAGGUCUCUGACUGAGCGUCAACAGCACAUCCAAGAAGUCCACCCCAGCGAUUUCCACCAGUGUCCUGAAUGUGAGAAGGUCUUUCCCACCGUAUCUCAACUGAACAAGCACAAAAAUACCCAUGCUGGGAGUAAACUUUUCAGCUGUGAUCUGUGCAACAAGUCUUACCAGCAACUGUCAGGUCUUUGGUACCACAACCGCACUAUUCACCCGGAGGUGUUCAGCAACCACACCCGACAGCUCAAAGCCCUGGUGCAGUGUAACAUCUGCUUCAAGUUCUUUCCUAACAACGAAAGUCUGGCCCAACACCAAGCCAUCGAGCAUGACGGCUCUUUGGGCUCUGCCCUUAGGUGUCCUUUCUGCCCGGCGGUGUUUGCGGGUCAGGACUGGAUGCAGGACCACAUCAAGACUCACCACGCCGAGCAGAGCAGGUCCAUGUGCCUGCCAUGUUUGGAGCUGUACGCCACUGUACAGGAGCUGGAGGAACACAUGUUCACAGUGCACCGCGAGGAUCAGCAGGAGCAAGAGGAGGAGACGUCUACAAUGGAGGUCACUGCUGAAGCCACAGCAGUGCCUGGGGAAGAAGCCGAGCAAUUGAAGGCAGCAAAGAGUCUCCUGGAGGCUGAGGGGAGCACUGCAGCAGACCUGGUGCUUAGUCAAGGUGAGACCCACGUAGAGAGCACCCAGCAGGUAUUUGUGGCUCUGGCAGAAGGACAAGAGGGUUCUCCGGUGGUGGAGGUGAGUAUGUUUGACCUGCUCAACAACUCUGUCACCUUCAUCUGUGAAGAGGGCGGAGCAGCCAGCGGCACCCAAACCUGAUCGGAUUCUAACCAUCACGUCACCAUCAACCACUCUUUUGUCUCGAGCUGGAAUAAUAACUUGCUAAUGGCAAUAUUUUGAAAAGUUAUUGCUGUUGAAAGUAUAACUGAACUGAAUUCUGCUUUGAGAUACCUUGCCCUGAUAGGAUUUGGACUCUAAUUGUGUUGGAGUCCGGAGUUGUCAUUAUUGUUAUAAUGCAUAGUAUCAAUCAGAUAGAAUAAAUAAUGUAAUAUAUUUGGCCAAAGAUAUGAUUUUUGAUUAGUGUUUUAAAUGUUUCACAAUGUUUAUUUAAGCAUAAUAAAUAUAUUUUUUUAAAUAAA